AGAAACGCAUUUACUCUCAUCUCGUCGUCAUCAGCAUCCGUUGCCAGAAGGGAUUUCUGCUCCGCUUUCAACCUCCUCUUUCAAAUAGCAAUUUCAUCCUGCACUAUCUCGCAAUUGUAUACUUCGUUGGUUAGCUCGUACUCGGUGCUGUCCAUAGAAGCAGAACACGUCGCCCGUGCGAGGGGGGUGGCAGACUGUGUUGAAACUAUCGCCGCACUACUUCUUACCUUUAGUUGGCCAGCGAAACCGUGAUAGUUCAUUAUUUAUGACGGCAUAUGUGCGUUAUAUGCACAUAGGUGAGAAGUAACGGGUAUCCCAAAUGUCGGAUUAAAUUACCAUACAUACACUAUAUCGGUAAAAAUAUCCAUUACUCUGGAAAAGGGUUACGUUUUAUAGUAAAAAAUACCAACUGAUUGGAAAUAAUACGCUGAAAUAGAGUGAAACAAAAAAGACACCUGAGAAGCAACCGAGAGCCGCGACACACGAGAUCCUCUCCUCAAACUAAUUAGCCAGAUCUCAUCAAUUAGCCCUCUCACCUGUGUUUAAAAAAGUUGACGCAAAUGCAAUUUUCAAUUCUAAUUAAUAUAUAAUUCAUUGCAAACUGGGCAAAUAGCCCAGCACUCGUGUAAAAAAGCAGGUUUUUGUUGGAGGAUGUGUAUCUGGGUCCACAUUAUAUUAUAAAACGAGGCAAGUCGAGAUUAACCAAGCGAAACAGCACCACCACUUUAAGCCGAGAGCACUUUUUCUCCUCUUUCUCCCCGUCUGCUCACCAUUUGGUCUCUGAGCUCACGUCCGUGAGGAUCGCUUGGCUCGCGUUGGAUCGUCUCAAAGUCUCAAGCUGCCCAAGGUACUCGGAAUCUUCAAGUUUAAUUGGACAUCUAAUACCAUUUAAGGGAAUGUUUCCAAAUUCUUGACUACUAUUUCCUAAAUACUACUAAAAUUGACAGGCUAAGCUUCCAGAGAAGAAGAUAUCCUUUAAAAAUCAAGCGGAAACGUUCAAAAUUGGAAGACUAAAAAAGAGAAAGUCGAACUGCUCCUCUGUCCCGAGUUGGGCAUUGUACGGGGUCAAAAUUGAGAAUCCACUGAAUCUCUGCAAGUCUGCCCGGAUGGACAGGAAGCCGAUCAUUCCAAAGCCAAUUGUGAUGGAGUCGUCUCCAGUCUGUCCCAAGCGACACUUGUCACCAACUGGGUCUCCCAUCUCGCCAACGGGGCUGUCAAAUUCAUCUUCGUCCCCAACUCCGCCGGUGGCUGCUGCCUUAGCAUUCUCCAACAACUCGAAAAAUUCAGGAAUCAAAAGCGGAAGUCCAAUCAUUCCAGGAAUCCCCUGCAUCGCUGCAGCCUCUAAGAGCACUGCCCCUGUGCACAUCGACGUAGGUGGCGUAAUAUACACCUCAUCACUGGAAACACUAACGAGAUUUGCAGACUCUCGACUGUCAAAGAUGUUUAAUGGAAGUAUUCCAAUUGUACUCGACAGCUUAAAACAACACUACUUUAUUGACAGGGACGGGAAAAUGUUCAGACACAUCUUGAAUUUCAUGAGGACCAACAAGCUGCUAAUCCCGUUGGAUUUUCCAUUCGUGGAUCUACUGUAUGAGGAGGCUACAUACUUUGAAAUAGAAGAGCUCUGCAGCCAACUGGAACAAUUAAAGAAAGAACAGUCCUCUCUCGACGGCUCGCCAUCCAACACCACCAUCAAGUCUGUCAGCAGCAAUAACAAUUGCUCCAGUAAUAAUCAUAACAGUCCCGUGCGAGAUGAGCAUGGUGGAACGAAGGGGAGUGGAAAGCUGAGUCGGCUGGGGAGGUUAACAAACCACUUUGUGGAGGAAAUGAUAACCGCGGAUGAUUCUGAAGAUAACCAGCAGCAAGAGGGAAACUCUGGGGGUUUAGAAUGGGAGGUCCUGGCGUUAAACAUCAGUCCCGAUUUGGGUGAGAGAGUGAUGCUGUCCGGGGAAAGGUCGCUGAUUGAGGAAUCCUUCCCAGCCACGGGACAUGCUGUGAUGGAUGCUCGAACCAGCGUGGCGUGGCAUCACGAUGCCCGCCAUGUGAUUAGAUUCCCUCUCAACGGGUACUGCAAACUGAAUUCGGUGCAAGCCAUUACCCGCCUACUUAAUAUGGGAUAUCGCAUAGCUGCCAGUCACGGAGGUGGUGUCGACAGUCAACAAUUUUCAGAAUAUCUAUUCAUCCGCAAAGCCCUUCCAAUGUAGUCACUUUAUUCAGAACCCAGUUUUUGUUGCUGUUCUACUCUCAUUCAAUACAUCGCUUCAUCUGACGAAUCAUCAACUCUUGAUCUCGUCAGAAUUGUCUCACAAUUGUUCAUGUUAUUAGGAGCUUACACAGAAUUGACAAGAUGCCUCACACAAAAACAUCCAUCUUUUUACGUUUGCAUGUUCCAAAGUGAAUUAUCCGUGCAUUUUUUUGACACAGUAUUUCUUGUGUAUUUAAAUGCUGGAUUAUUUAGUUAGCAAUCUUACUGUAGGAAGUUUUACAAAUCUUAAUCGCAACACUAUUUUGUUGUGUUGCUGUACCUGUUAUGCUGCUGCAUUAGAUAUUUAGAUACAUGUUAUAAGUUAUUGCUUGCGAUGUGUGCAUGUUUUAUCCGAUAGUACACAAGUAUUAUAGUGUUUAAGCGUGAGUUAAUUACAUACGAAGUAAAAAUUAACUAUUUAUAUGUUGUAAGUUGAUCUCGUGUUUCCUUCAGCUAUGAAGACGUACAUUUCAUAUUAAUCAUAACAAUUUUACAAUAAAAUGUGCUAAAUUUCUGCCGUAGCAAUCUUAAUAAAGAUCAUCAAUUGCCAA